CACAGAACAUCUUUCUACCACCAAACACUCUUUCCAAUCCCAAACACGCCAUGGCAGGCAAAUCCUUCUCCAAGGGGCUCGGUCUCCUCCUUCUCUUUCUCUUUUCCUUCCUCCUUGCCCAAAGCCACGGGCACCCAACAUCUGGGGUCUCCAACGAGCUAGAGAAACGCACUCUCGACCCUCCGCUUCCCGACGUCAAGCUAGCUCGCACGCACCUGAAGAAACCCGGCCCUGGAAAGUCAAUCUUUUGGAGCGCUGGCGCAAUCGGAGCGGCUUCAGACUACGCCGCCAAAAACAAGCACGUCAUGCUGGGCGAAUGCGAUGACGGUUCCGGAUGGGCGAACUUCGAGGGCGGCCCCUUCGAGGAAUACGUCAACAACUUUUGCGAUGACAAGCCCACCUGGACUGACGACGAAAUGGUACAAGCUAAAGGCCAUAUCAGUCAAGCGUAUGCCGAGAAUGCUGAGGGCGAGGUCAUUGUUAUCCUGCCUAAGAAAAUCAACGCGGCUGAGCUCAAGACAUCGAUUUGGGAGCGCUACGAGUUGCCCGCUUUGAAGAAAAAUACCGCCGUUACGAAGAUUUCUGUCUUCGAUGUUGACAAUGUCAACGAGGCGCCAACUGGGAAGCCGAAUCGCGAGAUCUCCAAGUCAUCUUAG